AGCUCGAAGCCCUUUUGGUAACUCGCCUAAAAGACUAAAGAGUGAAGAGUAUACAUGCCUAGGAAGCUACGAUCAAGCCGUAGGACAGACAGUGCACAGUCAUUCCGCCCAGUUCCGCCAGGGAAAAAAAAAAUUUCAAAACCCAUCACGCAAAACAAGAGGGAGUUAUGCGGCCAUCCGCAUUAAAGUAGGCCUUGGAUUGACCUGCGCUUUAGGACGUCGUCUGGGGAACAUUUUGUUUAGUUUACAAAUCACUAGGGUUUGGUUACCAGAAAAGGUGGGCGUUACGUCAGGUUAUCCCAUAAAUCUGCAUUCUCUUUAUCACACUAAGAAAAAUGCAAUCUUCCAAUAGUGAAAUAGAAGAAACUCUCAAACGAAUCCAAUCUCACAAGGGAGUCAUUGGAGUUGUUGUUAUUAAUAAUGAAGGCAUUCCAAUCAAAUCAACUUUAGACAAUGCAACUACUAUCCAAUAUGCUGGUUUAAUCAGUCAACUAGCUGAUAAAGCUUGUAGUGUUGUCCGUGAGUUAGAUCCAACAAACGAUCUAACAUUCUUUCGCAUCCGAACUAAGAAACAUGAAAUCAUGGUUGCACCGGACAAGGAGUAUAUGUUAAUAGUUGUUCAAAACCAGUCAGAUUAAUUUUAUUCAUCGGUACAGUUUAUCUCAAUAAAUUUCUUCUUGGGCAAUUAA